GGAGUGCAACCGCCGCUAUAAGGCGGAGAGGCAGCCUGGCUGGACGGGGCAGCACGGCUCAAAUGAAGCGGGGCGACACGGAGGACGGUGACGAGCCGCUGACCGCCUCUCAGCACCGACCACAGCCGCCGUGCGGACGCAGCGAGCCCGCGGGGACGCGCCUGCGGGAGCGAGCCGCGUCUUCCUCAUCCGCGACGUUUCCGCGCGUCGCGGUAGCAUCCUUAGCCCGUCUGCUAACUCCAGCAAGGUAUUUGUUCGGCGCUCGUGACUGUCCCGAUAGCGGAGCCGGUUAGUGUGUGAGGAGGUUGUCCGGCCGGUCGAGCGGCUUUCUAGGCUUUUAAGCAAGGGGCGUGAAUACGAAGCCGUGUUUCGGGCUGAUGCCUCCUGUCAGUGAACGCAGCCGAGCGUCUGUCAGCGCCGUGGUUUUGAAAAGCUGACGUUGUCCCACUGGAGCAGUGAAACGGCAGAGCUUCGUCUAAUAGUGUGAUUGUUAUUUCUCAGCUGCUAUUUACCAGAGACCUUCAACAUCCUCCUGAGUCUAGCACAACUUCUGCGCUGUUGGAUCUAGUGAAUUUGACCAGAUUUCCGGAUACAGCUGCUUCCUUCCGGAGAGCAGCCAAAGCAGAGCGUUUCCAUUAAUUCAAUUAUAGCACUGACUUAUUCGCUUUGUUGAAGGAUUCAAAAUUAUCAAGAGAUCUGAUAAAGUCAUCUGUGACAAUGGGUCCUGGAAUGGAAGCGGCGGACAUAUCUGUGGUAGCACUCUAUUUUGUCCUGGUGCUAGUCAUCGGAUUCUUAGCCAUGUGGAAAGCCAAUCGCAGCACUGUGAGUGGCUACUUCCUGGCUGGACGCUCCAUGAACUGGAUAGUGAUCGGCGCGUCCCUCUUUGUUAGUAACAUCGGCAGUGAACACUUCAUAGGCCUGGCGGGGUCCGGAGCAGCGAGUGGCUUCGCUGUGGGAGCUUGGGAAUUCAAUGCACUUCUCCUCAUGCAGCUGCUGGGCUGGGUGUUCAUCCCCGUGUAUAUCCACUCGGGAGUCUACACCAUGCCUCAGUACCUGUCAAAGCGCUACGGCGGCAACCGGCUAAAGGUUUACUUUGCCUUUUUGUCGUUGUUGCUUUACAUUUUUACUAAGCUGUCUGUGGACCUGUAUGCUGGCGCUCUUUUUAUUCACGAAUCUCUUGGGUGGAACCUUUACCUGUCCAUCCUUUUGCUCAUCAGCAUGACUGCACUGCUGACUGUCACAGGUGGGCUGGUGGCUGUGCUGUACACGGAUGCCCUUCAGGCGGUUUUGAUGAUUGGUGGAGCCCUCACCCUAACGAUCAUCAGCCUUAUUAAGGUUGGUGGGUUGGAGGGGGUCAGAACUAAGUACAUGCAGGCAAUUCCCAACGUCACUGCUAUUGUGGCCUCUGGUAACUUCACCUAUUCUCCUUCCUGUCGCAUUGAGCCUAAACCAAAUGCUCUACACAUGCUACGUGGUCCUCUGGAUGAAGACAUACCUUGGCCGGGCUUCAUUCUUGGCCAGACCCCCGCAUCUAUUUGGUACUGGUGCGCAGACCAAGUCAUCGUUCAGCGGGUACUAGCAGCAAAGAACAUCGCCCACGCGAAGUGUUCAACACUUAUGGCUGGAUUCCUCAAGAUCCUGCCCAUGUUUGUGAUAGUCAUUCCCGGAAUGAUCUCCCGCAUCCUGUUUGCGGAUGAGAUUGCUUGCAUUGGACCUGAGCACUGCAUGUCCGUGUGCGGUUCUCGGGCCGGCUGCUCAAACAUUGCCUACCCACGCCUGGUCAUGGCAGUGAUGCCUGUUGGACUCAGAGGUCUGAUGAUGGCUGUCAUGAUUGCCGCCCUGAUGAGUGACCUCGACUCGAUCUUCAACAGCGCAAGCACUAUCUUCACCCUGGACAUUUACCAAACUGUUCGGAAGAAGGCACUGCAGCGAGAGCUACUGAUCGUGGGCCGUUUGUUCGUCGUGGUCAUGGUAGUGAUCAGCAUCGCAUGGGUCCCUGUUAUUAUCGAAAUGCAAGGUGGACAGACAUACCUCUAUAUUCAGGAAGUUGCUGGGUAUCUCACGCCCCCCAUCGCUGCCCUCUUCCUUCUGGGUGUCUUCUGGAAAAGAUGCAACGAGAAAGGUGCAUUCUGGGGAGGCAUGACCGGGUUUACACUUGGCACCAUUCGACUGAUCUUGGCUUUUGUCUAUCGCCAGCCCCGCUGUGACCAGCCGGAUGACAGGCCCGCCUUCAUUAUUCAAGUCCACUACAUGUAUUUUGCUGCUGGGCUGUUCUGGAUUUCAGGGCUGGUGGCAGUGGUGGUCAGUCUCUGCACUACACCACCAGAUGAGGAGCAGGUUCGUACCACGACAGUCUGGGGGCUCCGUAACAUUAAAACAGGUCCCAGAAAGGACAAGGACGAGAUACACAAACUUACUGACCAGAGCCAUUGCAAUGGCAACAGAAGCCUCCAUAAAGAUAUGCCCCAGGAUGUCAUGAAGGAGAGGUGUCUGGAUGGGGCAGAUCUCAAACUCUUGGUUCCUUCCACGGACCAUGACCCAGCAACCCCCAGUACAGAAACCUCCCCUGCCAGCUCCCCCGCCAAACGGUUUGGUAUUGGAACGAUGGAGAUGAUGGGGGCAGAAGACGACUGCCACAUGAACGGGGAGUCGAGCAGGUGUGUGCGUUUGUUGGACUGGUUUUGUGGAUACAAGGAUGGAGAGCGGAGCGCUCAGCAAAAAGUGGUGCAGGAUGAUCCAGAAGUGAUUUCAGAGAUGCUGUACGAGUCGCCUAGAGUUAAACUCCUCCUCAACUUGGGCUUGGUAUGCAUCUGCUCUGUGGGCAUCUUCAUGUUCAUUUAUUUCACCUUGUAGCUGAAGCCAGCGCUGAACUGGUGCGGGACCUUUUUAUGAAAGUGAAUGUUGUGUUGGAGUUAAAGUAUCAGAGACAUGAGGCUCUGUCUGUAAUAUUUACAGUUGUCUUUUAGCUCUUUAACAGGGCUUAUUCUAAUCAUUAUUAUAUGAUUAUGGCUUCAAUGUGAGAAAACCCUCUUCAGAAUUUGAAGCACUGUUGUGUGUUCAUUGGUUACAGCACUUGUAAGUAAUACUUCACUUGGAAUUUUAGAAUUGUAUUCCUCUAAGUAAAUUAAUAUUUGCCUUAUUUGACAUAUAAACUGGUCUUUUUUUGGGUGAAAAUAAACCAAACCAUUUCCACUCUUGUUGACUGUGACUGCAUAUAUAGUUAUGUAUAUAUGUUUGCAUAUUUAGGGCAGUUUUGUACAAGUUUCUGCUGCUGAACGUCAUGAUGUUUUUGGUAGAACUUUGACUAAUUGAGAACUUUGUGAAUUUGCUCCAGACAGUUGUUCCUUUUUGCAGAUAGAUUGAGAGUUUUUACUUGGGAGAUGGCGUUAUCCACACCUCUUUUAUAGGUGGACAAUUAGAAAACACAACUCUUUAAAUGCUAAGUAGCAUUGUUUUCCCUGCUGGUGUUUCAUAUUACUAAUAUGUUUGGAAUUAUAUUUUUUUUGUCUACUGGAGGUUUUACACCAAACGUUUGUUGAGUAAAGCUAUUAAUUUGUAUUUUGAAAACAUGUACAGUGUCAAAAAUGAAGAGAAGCACAAUAUUAAAAGCUUAUUAAUUUUAAGAUUUUUUUUUGUAAGAGAAGAAAUAUUAAUGUUGUUUGGUACUUCUGUAUUUAAUGGGAUGAUCUAUGUUUUGUCACUGACCAAAUCCCAGUCACAGCUGUGGCUGUGUUGCUAUUUUUAAUGGUUUCUAUACUGUAUGUUUUUCUGACGUGUCCUUGUGUGGCUGCAUUCUGUCUUACUUUCAGAACCAGCAUAAAUUUAGUGAACUACUCUUAUGUCAUAACAAAAAGCUACAAGUUCCAGUGCUCAUGAUUCUUUGUGCAUUUGUUGUUUGUGUUUAUACAGUUGUGAGUCUUUUACUUAAUGUUACCAUAAUAUAGUAAAGUAUAAAUCAGGGGCAAUAUACUGUAUAUUUGUUGUGUAGCAGGCUGUUAGGCUACUGUGCCAUUUUGUUCAAUGCAUUUUUCUUUGGUUCAAGUGCAUCUUUCAUCCACCUCCUACCAAAUGUGUCUUAGUGUAAAGUAAAAAAAGUUCAGUUUUUCCUUCGGCUUGCAGUGAGCACCACAUCUGUUGACAGUUCUAUUAUUAAUCUGCGUUGCCACGUCGUACAUUUUCAGUUAGUUGCAUAUCAGCAGGGCGUGACGAUGCAAAGCGUGGCCGACACAGUGAAGGAGGCGGGUGCAGGAUUACCGACCACCAUCCUUAAAAACAGUUAUAAAGAAAAUGCUAUUUUGUUUGUGUUUAAGUUUGAAACAGUGUUCAGUGACAUCAAUUCAAAAACACCUCCGUGGCAUUUUGUGAUAUGCCAAUUCACAUCAAUGUCAUACAUAAAUGAGUCAUAUGGAGUAAAUGAUGACUGCUGUAUGGGGAAGAGCUUUAAAUGUUUUCUUUCUUACAGGAAGAAUAUAUAAAUACUUAUAUAUUGUUAUAUUUGUGGAUUUUAUUUUUAGAGACUGAAAAUAAAGUUUCUGUGGGCACAAA